GCCGGGAGCUGUAGGCGGCGGCGGCGGCUGCGCGCGGCGGGGGAGCGGCGGCGCCGCGGUUCUCCUUGCCCCCACUCUAAUGCCAGUCCCGCCCUGCCAUGAGUCUAUGAGCCCCCUCCGGAUCAGCGUGGGUGGUCUGCCUGUCCUCGCGUCCAUGACCAAGGGUGCUGACCCCCGCUUCCGACUGCGCUGGAAGGCCAUCGUGCUGUCCUCAGCCUGUGUGGGGUUCGUGCUGCUGCUCCUCUGCCUGCACCGCUCCUCCCCAGCACGACAUGGUCCCCCCAGCCCUCGGACCUGGCAGCUCGGCCUGCGGGCAGGGGACCGCUACAAUGACACCUACCCGCUGUCCCCCCCCCAGAGAAACCCCGAGGGCGUGCGCUACCGCAUCGCUGUCAUCGCGGACCUGGACACGCAGUCCCGGGGCUCCCAGGAGCACACCUGGUUCAGUUACCUGAAGAAGGGUUACCUGGUGCUGUCAGACAGUGGGGACAGCGUGACAGUGGAGUGGGACAAGGACGAGACCAUGCUGCAGUCCCACCUGGCUGAGAAGGGCCGGGGCAUGGAGCUCUCUGAGCUGGUGGUUUUCAACGGGAAGCUGUAUGCCGUGGACGACCGGACCGGCGUGGUCUACCAGAUUGAGGGCAACAAGGUGGUGCCCUGGGUGAUCCUCCCGGAUGGGGACGGCACCGUGGGGAAAGGCUUCAAGGCAGAGUGGCUGGCGGUGAAGGAUGAGCACCUGUACGUGGGGGGACUGGGCAAGGAGUGGACCACCACGACGGGGGAGGUGGUGAACGAGAACCCCCUAUGGGUGAAGGUCAUCGGCUACAAGGGCGACGUGAGCCACGAGAACUGGGUGGCAAACUACAAUGCCCUGAGGGCUGCAGCAGGGAUCCGACCCCCAGGGUACCUGAUCCACGAGUCGGCCUCCUGGAGCGACACGCUGCAGCGCUGGUUCUUCCUGCCGCGCCGCGCCAGCCACGAGCGCUACAGCGAGAGGGCGGAUGAGCGGCGAGGCACCAACCUGCUGCUGAGCUCCACCCAGGACUUCGGGGACGUGACAGUGGGGCACGUGGGCGAGGUGGUUCCCACCCAUGGCUUCUCCUCCUUCAAGUUCAUCCCAGACACAGAUGACCAGAUCAUCGUGGCGCUUAAAUCAGAAGAGGACAACGGCAAGAUCGCCAGCUACAUCAUGGCCUUCACGCUGGAUGGGCGCUUACUCCUGCCCGAGACCAGGAUCGGGAGUGUGAAGUAUGAGGGCAUCGAGUUUAUUUAACAGACUUUUGGACCGAGUGGAGGAGGGUGGGCGGCCGAGGGGCAUGGGCAGUCCCUGCCAACCUGCUUCCAGCCUGGGCUCUGCGAGGGAUGCCGGACAGCACUCCCAGCUCUGUUCUUGGCCAUGGCCUCUCCCGUAAAGCGUUGGCUGUGCUGCAGCAGGCAUGGUGCGAGUGUUUCGACAGUGGCACCUGGUGGCAAGGGACCGCCACCACAGGGUGCUCCCGGCCCCAGUGGCAGUGGCCACAUCCCGGAGCAUCGGUUUCUGGGCAGGCCCCGCUGCAGUCCUUAGUGCCCAGCCCUGAAUUGCGACAGACCCCUCUGUGGUGGGUCAGCGAUUCUGGUGACAUCCGGUCUCUGGGUUUGC